AUGUCGGUCUUCUUCAAGGACGUAGGAGAAGACAAUCCUGUCAAGAAAGGGGACGCCGAAGAGAUACUCAAAGGUAUUGGUGUCAACAUAGAUCAGAGCGAUUCGGACGAUUAUCAUGUUCUACUAGCGGCGGUGCACGAUGUUGCAGAGCAUCUCAUUAGCCUACCGGAUUAUCAGCCCAUACCCGACAGGAAGAGGUACCCUCGCGAAAAUAUACAUCUCCCCACGUCUUCCGAACAGGCCUUCGGACACGCUUGGGCGCAUAAGUUUCUCAUAAGGGGCAACAAGGAAGGAAUGUACCUCAAGCACAAGACUGUCUGUAUAAAAGACUGUAUAGCAGUGGCAGAUGUGCCGCAGUUCUUCGGCAGUGAUGCGUUUCCAGCGUGGACUCCGUCGACAGAUGCAACAGUUGUGACCCGGGUUUUGGACGCGGGGGCAGAUAUCCAUGGUACAGCCGUCUGCGAAAGUUUCUGCAACUCUACCUCGUCAUUCACAAGUGCCCAGGGGACGAUCGAGAAUCCCCAUAGAGAAGGGUAUUCAGCCGGUGGGAGCACUUCGGGAGGCGCUGCUUUGGUCGCUGGUGGAAUAAUGGAUAUCGCACUUGGAACAGACCAAGGAGGAUCUAUCAGGGUCCCCGCCUCCUUGUGUGGUUGCGUCGGCUUGAAACCAACACAUGGGCUGGUUCCUUAUACGGGUGUGACUUCAGGCGAUGCCAUAGAUGAUCAUGCUGGUCCCAUUGCUCGGUCUGUCUCCGAAAUUGCUGCCUGUCUUGAUGCUAUAGCUGGAAAUGACGGUAUCGAUGACCGAUCACUCGGCUCGCUACCUCAUGGAUCCUUCCAGUUCACAGAAAGCCUGACUCUUGAGAGCUCUGAGAGCUUGGCAGGCCUAAGGAUAGGCAUUCUCAGAGAAGGGAUGGAACAGGCUAUCGUUCAGCCGGCAGUCAGAGAGCUGGUCCUCAAGGCAGCGAAGAAGCUGGAGCAUCUAGGUGCCACCGUGGAGGAAGUGUCGAUUCCCAUGCAUCUAGAAGGUCCUGCGGUAUGGACGAUCCAACAAAGAAUAUCGGGCGCUGCCGGUGUGCUUGGCCAAUCUCAUGGAAGAAGAGGUCUGUGUCUCACGGAAUUCGAGCAAGCUCGGCUGCCGUGGACAGCAGAGAAUUUCGCCAAGCUCUUCCCAUCCACGAAGAACACUGUCAUCAACGGCAUCUACCUAGCCAAAAACUUUCCUGGGCUCUAUGGCAAGGCGGUCAACAUUGGCAGACAGAUUCGUGACGCCUACGAAGAGAAGUUGGGGCAGUACGACGUCCUCAUUAUGCCAACGACUCCCUACGUGGCACCCAAACAUGGAGUCAGGGACACGCCUCGAACCUGUUUUGAACCCAGCAUCGGAUUGACGACGAACACAGCUAUCUUCAACGUAACGGGGCACCCAGCCAUGACCAUACCCGUUGGCUUCGCACCAGCCAAAGAAGAUCCCGCUGUGAUGUUGCCUGUCGGAAUGCAGAUUGUGGGGGGUCUAUGGCAAGAAAGGACAAUUCUUCGCAUCGGGAAUGCUUGGGAAAGUAGCUUUAAUUGGAAGGAGACUCGGUUCAGCGAUAUGGCUGUCUCUCAACAGGACUUGCACGCAAGCUGUGAUGGCAUCAACGUUAACGGAAAACGGCCGUUAGAAAUGGAAAUCGCCGCAGGAAAAAUGAGUCCGAUUCUGUACGCAUGCAAUUUGUGCGCAUGGGUAGUCGCCGAUUCGGAAGGGAUUGUCUCUUGGUUAAAUCAGUUUCGGGGCCUGGUGUCCAAUCUUGCAGGAGACACCUAUCUGACCGGGGUCGGUCUUUAUGAUGAUGUCGAAAGAGGUUCCUACAUCGCCCCGCUCAAAGCUGGCGCGCGUUGGGACGAUCCUGGUUAUGAACGGCCAGAAAGUGAUGAGUUCGGAACUGGCCGCAGGGCUGAGAACGGUCGAUACGGUUUCAUAUUUCAUGAAUCUUGUUGGUCCAUCCUGGAGCUUGCGGCCAAUCCCACCGGGAUCCCCUACGCCAGGCUUUAUGAGAUUUGCUUGUCACUACCUCGCCCACUCGAGAGCAGUUGCGUCAGCUGGGGUCAUAAUUAUGGAGGUUUGGUCGUCAUAGACGAUCAGCACUACUUUCCAUGGGAGGAAAGAGAAGCUCAAUUUGAUUUCAACGGCUCAAGUGUCAGCGAUAGCGAAGAGGACGACGACGAUGAUGAUGGUGGUGGCUUUGGUGGUCUUGGGGUUCCCGCAGCUGACAGGCUACCUCUUCCAGAUGACGAGGACGAAGACUCCGAAAUGACUAAACCCACCAUUAUGAUUGCAGUUCCGAAGGGCGACCCUUUCAGGAUCCCUGAGAUCCAGUUUCUUCUAUCAGAAAAGCCAGAACCGCCACCAGAUAUUCAACUUCAGGCAACCGCUCUGUCAGCAGGAGACUGUUUUCACAGACUUCCUAAAGAAAUCCGCACUCGGAUUGCAUUACUCCUAUCAACUGCGGAUGCUUUAAGCACUCGCCUGGCAUCUAAAAGCUUUUGGUACAUCUUCGAUAGUCACCAAUUCUGGCUCUCUAGAUUCAAGGGCAAUUCCGAGCGUUCGUGGCUAUUUGAGGCCAAGCAAAUCGACGACUUUCGAUAUUGGAGGUGGCUUUAUCGCCGAACUAACAGCGCGAAUCUUGCUCCAUCACCCAUGAUUCAGAACAGGAGGCGGGUCUGGGACCUUGCGCAGAAUGUCACGGACAUUUGGCUGCAACUGAAAGUAAACGCAGCGCUUCUGCAGUCGUCUCCAAUUUUCGACUCAGACUUGAGUCCUUGGACUGAGGCAUCUGGGGAUAUCAAAUCCGUUCGGCCAGACGCCCCCUACGUUGAAUUCUUUGAGGGCUGCCGUAUUCUCUACAGACAAAAACAGAACUUGUCACGUCUGGGCUCUCUGUCUCGGAUCGCCUUCUCUUUCAUUCAAGUUGGCAAUACACGAUUCCUUACAGGCAUACGAUUCGUCCCACGAGUUGGAGAUUCGGUGCAAGUAGGUUAUCAGGCAGAGUCUGAACAGAUUUUGGACAUUUCAACUCUCCAUGGAUUCGUACUAGCUUUGGGUUCAAGAGGCAUCCAUGCCGUUCAGUGCAUUACGAACCACCGUGAGCUGCCCUGGUGCGGAAAUCCGAGCAACUCGCUAAGAACGAGGCGGUUGGCAAUUGGGGACCCGAUUGCAGCCCUGGACGCUGGGCUUGAUGGCUUCAAGAUUGUUAGUUUGUCGAUCGCAUCAGACAUUUCACAUUCCCAUGGAGUGGCGCUGAAGGCACCAAAAACUCUUCGAGACUCGGGGAUAUGGUACCCCGACCUGCCAUCAUCCCAACUAUGCCUUAACGAGGAUUUCUACGUACAGCGUGAGUAUCAUGUCUCGGGAUUUCGUCCUCUUAUCUGGACGUUAUUUGGUGGACCUGGAGGUAUAUAUCUUCCGAAUUUGACCGGCAUCGCUGUUCAUAUGGGCGGUUCAAUCCCUGGCAUCGAUUUCAGGUACAAUAGUCCUGAUAUACCAGAUGAACAUCGCGCCCUGGGUCGACACAAAUGUGAUAGAUAUGCACCCGGGUGUAGAAUUCCGUGGGAAUUCUCCAUAGACGGCCCAGGCGGUGAACGAAUCAAUGGAGUUGAGGUUUAUUUGACGUUCAUCGAUCGAGAAAACUCGUACGAAAUAUACGAUCAAGGGGCUUUAGAGUCAUUCAAGUUCGGCAACGGCAUGAACUAUGGCAUGGCAAGUCUGGGGGUCAUUUCUGAGGCAAGUUCAUAA